UUUUAAUUAUCAAGGUGGUGUUUAAAACGUGCCUGAACCUUCACUGGGGGCACAAACAGCACCGGAGCCUCUGCAGAACUGCUGCAGAACCGCAGAGCCAGGUCUUCAUAUACAGCCUCUGUCCAGAGGCCCAAAUUCUUCCACACCUUUCGCAGGAAUCAAGAGCUGAAAAAUGGCUCGUCUGAGAAGAUCAUCCUUCUCUCACAUCUUCACAGGAUUUGUGCUGACUACAGCCAUAUUUGCAGAGUUCCUCCUGGCUCUCCCACUGACCCAGCCCUCCACGGAACACGGUACUGAGAUCAAUGCUGAGCUGUCUUCCAAGAGACUCAUCCGCAACCGGAGGAACAUCAGCUGGUACAAACAACACUCUGACUUCUGGAACUGGUACAAGUUUUUCACCGACUCGGGCAACCAGCAGGGAGUUGCAGAACUGGACCGUGUGUAUCUGGCCUACCUGCAGAACAAGAACCGUGCUGAAGCCCAGCGCUCCUACAAGAUCUAUCUGCAGCAUCUGGGUGAGAUCUACAAGUCAUGCUCCGAGUCUGAUGACCCAAAUUGUGUUGCCUCAUACCUCAGCAGGCCCAAGGCCAAGGCUGAGCCGCAGACACCGGCACCGGUUAAGUCCUGUGAUCCUUUCCGGGAUCCCCAAUGUCUCUAUGCUCGGGGAUACUCUGCUUAUCCGUAUGCAGCCUCUGCAAAGGCACCAGCUCCGUCUCCUCCUCCUGCUCCUGCUCCAGUUAAAACCCCGGCCUACAUCCGAACCCCUGUGGUGAAGGACCCAAGUUCUGGUCAGUACUAUUAUGCCCCUGCGGCACAGUCCUUCCUGUCUGCUGAGCAGAAAGGCGAGCUGUUGCGUAUUUGCGGCGCUGAGGAUGUUGAGUGCCUGCAGUACCACUUCCGUGGUGCUUACGGAUACAAACCCGCCGGAGUCCCAGCUCCAUCCUACACCCAUCUAGGCCCCCCCUCACAGAAGGUGCAGAAAGCCCCAGCCAGCUUGUACUUGAACUAUCCCAACUGUGAUCCCCGCGUCAACCCGUAUUGUGCCUACGCUGCUGUAGCAGCUUCUCAGAAAUCAGAGGCACCAUCUUCUUUAGCUGCCCUCGAGAGGUUCUGCAACCCACUAUAUGAAGACAACUGCAACCCACUGACGGGUACCAGGUUUGCCGCUCAAUCAGAAAAUCCCAAAGAUGAUCCUGCUUUGGCUGCAGGCACUAUCCAGGAGCAGCAAAACUCCCAUUAUGAUCCCUAUGCCAUGUUCCAGGAUGCUGCGUCUUCCACCAUGCGCAGGUUUCAGUCUGGUUCACACCAAAUUCCACAACACCCUCAACCACCCACUAUGGAGGAGAACUCUCCAUCAUUUGGACCUCCCGGGAAGACCAAGGAAGGCUAUGAUUGCUUUAUUGGAUACGAUGAAGAAUGCUACCCAGUUGGAACCCAGAAUGUCCAUAAAAUAGUCCCACAAAGGCAGGUUCCGCAUUCAGUGAGCACCUAUGAGCCCCACGUAAACGCAGAUGGCACCAGAAAGGGCGUGAUUGAACCCGAUCCUCACUGCGACCCCGAGUAUGACAGAAAUUGCCGUCUGCGUCGCUACGAACCUGAGGCUGAGGAACCAGAGAUGCAGUCUUCCCCCAAGGAGGAACGUGAGUAUCUGGAACACAGGGAGGAACCUGUUCGCCAUGAGAAUCAGAGGGAGGAGGUCUACCCUGAACAGGAGCCAGACAGGAACAACCAGGGCUAUGACCAGCAGCAGUAUGACCGCUACAUGAGUGGCCAGGAGGAUCCCUAUGCCCUUUACGAUCAGCCAAAUCAAGGUCCCAUCAACUUCCAGGACAUCCUGAAGGUGUAUGCAAACCGCUUUCCAAACCAGGAGCACCAUCGUGCCUUCACAGGAGACUACAAGAAGAAGUAAAAGCUGUAAAACGCAGUGUAACGAAUGAUGAUUAGGGAAAUGGGACAGUGUGUGGGCUGUGAUUGAUGUUAUUCACAUCAGGUGUAAAAAUAUUAAAAUUACAGAGAAGCAGAUCUUCAGCUCCAAUGGUGCAAAGCGCAGCCCUAUAUAGGAUUUCAUUUCUUUAGGUUACACAUCUAUUUUAUUGGUUUAACUUGGUCUCAUGUUAAUGAUCAGUUUAAAUGAUUUAGAUGGUUUAGAGAAGAUUCCUGGUGCAACUUGUUGACUAAUGGAUCAUCUGAACUCUUUUGAUAUCACCUGAUAUAUAAAUUAAAUAUGAUGAGUAGUAAAUUUUCAAGAGGUGGUAGAAUGCGAAAAAGUAUCUGAACAUACAGCAAGCUUUUUUGUGUCCUAUUUCUUUUUUUUCCUCCUUUUUCCUUGAAAAAUGCUUUUUCUCUCAUUUAAUGUUUUUUAAUGUGUUUGUAUGAAAACAUUUUUCUUUGAAUGUCUGGAAUAAAAUGCUUUUAAAUAAAAUCUUAAA